AUGACCAUCGCGUACACUGCUACCGAUGGCGAUGCCAGCGCCAGCGCGGACGAGGGCAUUCCGCGGAUGACCCCCAAAGUGCUCGAGGAAUGCUGCCUCAAGAACCGCGGGUUCUCCCUGCCUGAGCUGAACGAUGUGUUGAUUCUCAGCUACAGGGGCUUCCGUAGGAUUGAGGGCCUGAACCCAUACACGAACAUCAAGUCUUUGUUCCUCGACAGCAACGGCAUCCGCAAGAUCGAGAAUCUGCAGGGACUGCCAGGCCUGACCUCGCUGUACCUGCAGCAGAACUGCAUCGAGCGCAUCGAGAAUUUGGACUGCCUCACCUCGCUCAAGCUGCUCAACCUCUCGCAGAACAGCAUCACGUCCGUCGAGAACCUCGCCGCCCUGAGGGAGCUCGAGACGAUCAAGCUCUCGGGCAACAAGAUCGUGGACGUGGAGGCGCUCCACGGCCUGCGAGAGCGGCCCACGCUGAGGUGCGUGGACGUGAGCCAGAACUACAUCGAGGACGGCGACGGCCUGCUGGACUUCUUCUCCUCGGCCCUGCCAGAGGUCGAGAGCGUGGCGAUACACCACAACGUGUGUUCGCGCGCCCUGAAGGACGGCCGCAGGCGGCUCGUCUCGAGCCUCGCGAGCCUCCGGUGGCUGGACGAGCGGCCCGUCACCGCCGUGGAGCGCGCUGGCUGCGAGGCGUGGGCCACAGGAGGCAAGGACGCGGAGCUGGCGGCCAAGACGGCGCACUGGCAGCGGGAGAAGGAGGACAAGGAGCGGAGCUUCCAGAACUUCCGCCGGGUGCAGCAGGCGGCCGCCGAGCGGGCCAGGGCGCAGCGCGAAGCGCAGGCCGCGCGCGACGCGGCCCGGGAGCGGGCCGCGGCUGGCCUCCAGGAGACCGGCGCGCUGACGGAGGGCUUCGUGGCCAUCCCGGCGGUGCCCGCGGCGGCGAAGCACUGUCAGGCGGAGGGCUCUUCCCGCCAGCACGAGAUCCGCGCCAGGGUGCAGGCGCUUCUGACGGGGGACGAUCCGCCGACGGGGGACCUUGCUCCACCGGAGGGCGAUUCGGACAGCCCAGCGCAGAGGUCCACGACGCCAGCCGAGCAGCAGGAUGUGGCGCCGGGCGCGGGCACAGAUGCCGCUGCCGCCAGCGGGGCGGCCGAGGAUGCGGGACACAGCGCCAGCGGCCCCCCCGCCGCCGCGGACGACGUGGACCCCGGGCCCUUCGAGUGGACGCCCUUCCGGGACAAGCGGCUGGGCCAGCUGGUGGCCGAGAACAGGUACAACUUCGACAAGGCCGCGGCGCUGCUGGGUGCCGAAUUCGGCCACCCGGUGGCCGCCCCGGCAUGCCGGGAGCGCUACGGUGAGCUGCUGCGGCCGCGGCCGGCGGCCGCGGGCCAGGAGGCGGCCCGCAGGGCGCCGGACAGGGAGCAGGCCGCGGGCCGCGCGAAGGACGCUCCGGAGCCCCGCCCCGAGGCCCUCAAGGAGGUGUCCGACUGGUGGCUGCGCCGGCUCUCCGCCGGCGCCGCCCGCGAGGCGCGGCGCGCCCCGCCGCCGGCCCGGCCCGCCGGCCCGCCCCCGGCCGAGGACGCCGAGGCCGAGGCCGGGGCCGACGCGUCGGCGGCGCUCGCCGCGGGCAGCCCCGCGGGCCGAGGCAGCGCGGGGGCCUGGCAGGGCCUGCUGUCGGCCGAGGCCGAGGGCCCGUCGGCGGCGCCCGCGGCGCCCGCCGCGGGCGGCCUGGCGGGCCGAGGCAGCGCGGGGGCCUGGCAGAGCCUGCUGUCGGCCCCGGCGCCCGCGGAGGGCGCGGCGCGGGAGGGCGGCGCGGCCGCGGGCUUCCUGCCGCCGCCGCGCGGCGGCCAGGAGGUGCCCGCGAGCGAGUGGCACGCCGCGCCGGCGAAG